AUGGAGCCCAGCGAGGGGACAUCGGAAUGCGAUCCUUUGUUGCCGAACGAGCCUUGUGUCGCCUCGAUGUCCACACCAUCAAGGAACCUCGACAAGAACAAGAGUGGCCACAUCCUGAACAGCGAUUCACGCAACAUUAUCCUCCACUGCUACACGUAUUGGCGUAACAGUGAGCCUGAGCACAGCGUGGAGGCCACGACGAAGUUUGUCACCGAGAUGCUCGACGUCAGCGAAAGCACAGUGUUCAAGGUGGGGCGGAAGGACAAAGCGUCGCAUAUUUCGGGUGGCAAAUUGUCGACGCCCUCGCGAAAGCGCCGACGAAAUGCGGAGAAAAGACGCAGCAUGAAGUAUGAGAGCUUCACGUUGUGCGCGCUGAGGUCAUGUGUGCACGAUUUCUUUCGCCGCAACGAGAUACCGACGGUCGAGAAGAUAACUAACGUGUUCUCGAAGCGUAUGGAUCUCCCAUCACUGAAGUGGUGUACUGUGCGUCGUCUGCUUGUCGAGAUCGGAUUCAAGCACGAGAAGAGGAGCCGCAAUUCGCUGCUUAUCGACCGCGAUGACAUCGCGGAAUGGCGGAAUCGCUACCUUCGUGACGUGGUGCGCUACCGGGCGGAAGGCCGAAAUAUCUUUUUCCUGGACGAGACGUGGGUGACGGCGGGACACACUCGGUCGAUCGUGUGGACAGACACCGUGGUGCAGAAGCGCGGACGCCUAUAUGCUCGAGCGAAUGGCCGGUCGACGGGUCUGAAACAACCUUCUGGGAAAGGCCAGCGCCUGAUUCUGACGCACAUCGGCAGCGAGGAUGGCUUCGUCGACGGGUGCUUAGAUAUAUCCCGAGGCCAAAAAACGGGCGACUACCACGAAGAAAUGGACGGAGAUCGCUUCGAGGAAUGGUUUAAUGACGUUCUACAGAAGUUACCUGCUGGUAGCGUCGUUGUUUUGGACAAUGCACCUUGCCAUUCCCGGUGA